AACAGAAGACUUUCGUAUCGUUUCUUAACCCAGCAACCUGCAACAAGAAUUCGAAGGUAAACAAUAAGAGAGUCGACCAAAACCAAGUCAGGACCAAUAGAAGAAAGACGAAACAAGGACCGAUUCCCAUCGUAACCAACUGCAUCCAAGCUCGUUACAAACCACGGCCGUGAUUCCCGGUCCGAGCUUCCCAUUCGUAUGAGCCGGGUCCUGCGACUCCGGUCCGGUCACCAGCCCAACCACCCUCGUCCCGGUCCACUACAUAACUCGUCGCCGUACCGCCGGCAGGCGGCAGCCAAAGGAUCCCUCUCUUGCUCUGGAAACUAUCGAAGAGAGAUGAGUCGGGUUCUUCUCAGCCAUCGCUGGAGAAAUCUCUACUCUUCCACCAGAUUCAUCCUCUCCUCCUUCCACUCUCCAUCCACUCCACAACCAAUCUCAUCCCAUCCCAAAAUCCUAACCCUAAUUUCCCCCAUUGCACGUCCCGAUUCACUUCCCACCUUCCCCUACUCCACGACCAGAUCCAGGCGAAUCCCGCGAAGUAAACGAUCCAAGCGAGCCCCGCCGCCCGUAGACCAAGCCCAGAUCGACCGCGCCAUCUCCGAGCUCCCCGCGCGCUUCACCUCCGCCGACCUCGCCGCCGCCCUCGCCCGCCACCCAGACCCCUGCCUUUGCCACGAACUCCUCCUCGCCGCCCUUCGCCAUCCCCGUUUCCGCGGUCCCGCCCCCGCCGCCGCCGCAAACGACGACGACGACGAUCAUCUCUCCCCCUUUCUCAUCACCAUCAAGAAGCUUGGCGCCGCGCGUCUCUACCGCGAGAUGGACGCCGUCACCUCGCUCGUCCUCUCCCUUCCCUCCCUCCGCCUCUCCGAGCCCUUCUUCAACACCAUUAUAUAUUUCUAUGCCGAGGGCCGCAUGCUCUCCAAGGCCAUCUAUGUCUACAAGCGCAUGCGCGCCGCCGGCGACCCCACCGCCCGCCCCACCUCCCGGACCUACAACCUCCUCUUCGCCGCCCUCCUCGGCCGCGGUGCCAACUCCUACAUCCAUCACGUCUACAUGGACUCUGUCCGCGCCCUCUUCCGCCAGAUGCUCGACUCCGGCGUCGCCCCCGACGUAUUCGCCCUCAACUCUCUCAUCAAGGGCUACGCCAGCUCACUCCACCUCAACGACGCCCUCCGGGUGUUCCACCAGAUGGUUCCGGUGUACCGCGUCGAGCCUGACGAGAACACGUACAGCUGUUUGAUUCAUGGCCUCUGCGCGCAGGGGCGGACAAAGAAUGCGAGCGAGUUGUGGGCGGAGAUGAGGGGGAAGGGAUUGGCGCCCAGCGGGAGGGCGGCGAAUUCGAUAGUGAGCGCGCUAGCGAUGGCUGGGGAAGUGGCGGAGGCGGUGGAGAUGAUGUGGGAGGUGGCGUGGAUCGGGCGGGCGGUGGACGGAAUCACGUGCCGGACGCUGCUGGAGGAGAUUUGCCGGCAGGAGAGGGUCGGCGACGCGGUGGGGCUGUUGAGGGAGAUGCACGAGAAGGAGUUGGUGGACGGGAGGAUGUACCGGGAGCUGCUGCAUGGGAUUCAGGAUGAGUUUGGUGAUAGUUUAGAUGGUGGUGGCAAUUGAUCGAGAAGAAAGCACCGAGAGAAACCUCUCCUCUGUUCAGGAUGAGUUUAGAUGGUCGGCUCUGUUCAUUGGGGCAUUUUCGCAAACAGAUGCGGGUCGGCGAAAUGGACCGAGCGGAAGGUUAUUUGAUGAAACUGGCUGAAGUUGCAGUGACCGAGGGGAGUGAUUCGGUGGAAAGUUAUUGCACACAGUUUGGCGAGGUGGCUGGAGGACAAUAAUGUAUAGGUGUAAAAUGAGACCACCGCCGGAAUGGAAGAACAGCUGUGAAGGUUGUAAUUUAUAAUUUUUAUAUUCUUUUUUAUGUUUGGAAAUAUUUAUGAGAAAUUUACACAUUUAUGUUUGAAGACCUGAAACAACCCACUUAAAUAAGC